AUUAGUCAGCAGGUCGAGUGAGACAAGCUUGGCGACAAUGCUCACCAUUGACGACGCUUGGAGAAUGCGGCCGAUGUGGAAACGACACCAACAACAAUAAAUUUGGACGUUUUCCACUCAUUUUCUUCCAUAAACUUGCCAAUAUCUGCAGAAACGCUAUGGCGAAUAACCACCUAAAAAAAGAAGACUUGCUAGCAAAGUUUAAGGAGUGGGAAAUAGAGAGUGAGACAGUGGAUCAUCCAGAAGUGUUUACAGUUGAGGCAAUGAUGCCGUAUCUUGAAAGACUCUCCGGUGCGAUGUGUAAAAAUCUCUUCUUGAAAGACAAAAAGAAGCGUCUCUACCUCCUUGCUGCUCUCUUCGAUCGAGAGGUCAAACUUUCUGAUGUUGGAAAGAAAGUCGGAGCCACAGGAGGACUAAGACUAGCAGAUGAAUCUAUUCUGGAGGAAAAGUUGGGUGUAAAACAGGGUUGUGUCACAGCAUAUGCUUUAGUGAAUGACGUUAACAAGGAUGUGAAAUUGUUAGUGGAUGAUGACAUUAUCAAUGGCAAAUAUGAUAAAGUCUGGUUUCAUCCUUUGGACAAUGCUGCAACAACUGGUGUGACUUGUGACGAUUUCUUAAAAUUCUUGCAAAAGACUGGCCACGAACCAGUUAGUGUCAAAUUUGAAUGAUCGAUGUGAUUUGUUUGAAGCUGAUUGACUUGUCUUCAGAACAUCCUAAGAUUCAGUUUCACAACAAUCAGCACAGCCUAUUGUCAUUUGUAUCAACCCCGAGCUCAGGUCAGGUCAGUUUACGAUGAGUUUGCUAGUUCUUACCUGAUCUCAUCUGACUAAAUAGACUAUGAAGGAAUUGUUGCUCAGUUGGUACAUUGUACUUACUACUCUGACACUCUGUAAACUUUGUUAGUGCCAGCCAAGCAUUAUUUGGCCACACCCCUGCUUUAAAUUGCAUUUAAAACAUCUUAGUAUUGCAGUUAAUAAAGAUGGUGACAAUUUUUCACUCCAUUGAAUAUCAGAUUACAAAGUGUUCUGGU